AUGGAAAUCACAGAGAAAAGUGUCAAGUCUACUGUGUGUAGAGGCUUCUUCAAAUGGAGACAAUUUUUCGAUAGUCUGGAGAACCCCCCCAAGUAUGAUAAAGCAGAGCUAUGUACUUUUGAACUCCACCAUUUUGGUCUGUUGGAGAAUGGAGUGUAUAAGGAAGGCAAAGUAUUGGUGUUGUAUUACCAUGAUCCUACUCAUAACAACGAGCUAGAGAGUGAAGAUAAAGAGCAACAACAGCAUAGUGAGGAUGUUGGCAAUGAAGAGGAAGAGGAAGAGGAGGAAAAAGAGGAUGUUAUUGUUGACAGUGAUUAUGAAUUAAGUGAAGAAGAAAAUGGUAAUAAAGAGGCUGCAUCAAGAGCACAACCAAGGAACGAUGCACCAAAUGUUGAAUAUGCACAAUGUUUUGAAGAGAUGAAUGAAAUGCCUCUUAAUGAAGCUACAGGGGAGAUAUCAGAUGAUGAUGAAGAUAGUGAUCGACUUCCUUUUGAUGGUGAUAGCUCUGGUGGUGACGAAGAUGAGUUUAGAAUUGGAAUACAAUUUGCCAAUAAGAAUGAACUCAAGGAAGCUAUUAGGCAGUAUGCAAUUGUGCAAGGGAGGAAUGUUAAAUUGGUGAAGAAUGAUAAUAAAAGGAUUCGAGCAAAGUGUGUAGGUCACACGAAAUACCCUUUUAUUCUGCUUGCUUCCAAGAUAGACAGAGAUGAGCAGACAUUUGCCAUAAAAACUCUCUCGUUAGAGCAUGAGUGUACUAGAGUGGACAAACUUAAAUAUACAAAUUCAAGGUGGUUGUCAAAAAGAUUUGCUGACAAGAUUAGGAAAAACCCUGGGUGGAAUGUGGGGGCAUUCAAGUCUGAGGUAUUAGAAAAAUACCAUAUGAAUGUUUCAAGGCAUCAGAUUUAUAGAGCAACGAGCUUGUCCAAGGUGAUCAUUGAAGGAAGCUAUGUUGAGCAAUAUGCGAGGCUAUGGGACUAUGCAGAAGAAUUGAAGAAGGCUAACAAGGGCAGCACUGUGAUUAUAAAGAAUAAGAUGAAUGAACCUUACAUAGGGCAAGUUUUAACAGUCAUUGGUGUUGAUGGGAAUAAUGGAAUAUACCCAGUUGCUUAUGCUAUUGUAGAGGUGGAAUCAAAAAACUUAAAAAUUGAGAAUGGGAAAGCUUGGGUGUUUAUGAGUGACAAGCAAAAAGGUCUAAUACCUGCAAUUGAGACAUUGCUUCCAACAACUAAGCACAAAAUGUGUGUUAGGCAUCUCUACAGCAACUUCAAGACAGAGCAUGCUGGCCUUGCACUGAAAAACAUUCUUUGGGCUGCGACAAGAGCAACUAUCAUUCCCUGGUAUGAAGUAGAAAUGGACAAGAUGAAAGAGCAAGAUGAAGAGGCGUGGAAACAUCCAAUUGGCCCUAGGAUUGUCAAGAUUGUUGAGAAGAACAAGUUGGGAGCUAGUCAAUGCAUUCUUAGAUUAGCAGGUGAGAGCAAAUACCAAGAGGCAAAUGUGUUUGACUAUGCACAUGACUGCUAUAAGAAAGAAGCCUACUUGAAUUCAUAUGAACCUAUGCCUGGAAGACCCAAGAAAUCAAAGAACAAAGAACCAGCUGAGGUUGAAGUACCUGCUCCAAUUCCUCCAAACCCUUUGCCCCCAUAUUACAAUCCACCACCUACUAAGUUGAGAAGGAGAGACAUAAUAAGACACGGCAUGCCAACCAAGGGGCAGCACAAGACCUUCCUAAUCAGCCCAACUAAGGAACAUUUGGCUCUUCUACAGUCCAAGGGGCAGCUUAGGCCCAGCCUAAUCAGCCCAACCCAACUAGAGGAAGAGGGAGAGGGAGAGGUAGAGGUUGGAAAUGGGACAGUAGAAAUGCCAAACAAGCCAUCAUCAUCACAACCACUCCCAUCAUCAUCACAGCCACUCUCUUACACUAGAGCUACAUCAUCAUCAUUACAACCACCCAAGUCUCCUGCCAAGAGAUUCAAGUCUCCUGCCAAGAGGCUUAGACCAUGGAUGUUUUGA